CUUCCCCAACUCCACUUCACUUCCUCUCCCCUCUCUUCCCCUCUCUAAUUUCUUCCCGUCGAAUGAUGACCUUGACGCCGACCGCGGCGGCGACGCCUCUCACCACCACCUCCACGGCCACAAGAACCCUCAUUUUAAUUUAGAGAAAUAUAAAACUAAAAAAAUCCUCUAUUUUCACAAAUAAAUAUUCUCAAAAAAAUGUUUAAUUCUACCAGCGGUAAUAAUAAAAAGCGCGUUCCCGAUUGGUUGAACAGCUCUCUCUGGUCUUCUUCUCCGCCGCCACCGCCUGCGUCUCCGUCUCCUAAAUCUUCUCCCAACGACGUCGUUGCUGAUCGCGGUGUUAAAUCCACUCCUGCGACCUCCGCCAAGUCUUCGGUUCAAAAGGCGGAGGCGUCUAAGUAUGAGCCGCCGGCGCCAGCUCCGCCGAAGGUCGCCGUUACGGCUCCGCCAGCGGUUGUUGUAAGAGCAGAGGCGCCGAAAGUGGAAGCUCAGGAUCUGUUGGGUAGUCAGGGGAGGUAUUAUAGUAGCGAGGAUGAUGAGGAGGAUGGAGCUCGGAGCAAUGUUGAUGCGGUUGCAGACACGGCUUCUGAAGCGAGUGCAGCGGUGACGGUGAGCUCACCUGUAUCGGCCGCUCGGCCGGCGAGUUCUGCUGCCGAGGAUAUUUCGCGGCAGGCUCAGCUAUUGCAAGAGCUAUCGAGGAAGGUUAUAAAUAUGGGGGAAUUGCGGAGGCUAGCAUCACAAGGUAUACCAGAUGGAGCUGGCAUUCGUGCCACAGUUUGGAAGUCAGUCAUUCUUUGA